AUGUUUGCUCUGUGGUCGCUGCCGCUCCCCCGAGUCGCAACCUCAAGCUCCAAGAGCUUCAGCCGGUCUGUGGCCAGAAUUCCCUCCAUCCACUCGGUCACUUCUAUGAGAACUCCAUCUCCAAUCUUGAACCACAGUGUUGUCAAAGCCAACGAGAGAAAGCAGUUAUUGGGCCGCCCAGGUCUCCUUGGUAUCAAGAGAGACAUGAUCUCGUGGUACACGGAAAAGGGUGAGCAACUCGCUGCCACAAUCAUCGAAAUCGAUGCCUGCGAGGUCUUAGCCAACAAGACCUCCGAAGAGCACGGUUACACAUCUGUGCUUCUUGGGCAACUGGAUAAGACGAAGAAUGUCGUCCCCACUGUUCGUAGCAUCUGUAAAAGCGCUGGCGUGAGUCCUAAGGCUAACAUCGCAGAGUUCAGAGUUAGAACCGACGAGGGCCUCAUACAGCCUGGUGUUGAGUUGACAGCUGACUAUUUUGCUGUCGGUCAACUUAUCGACGUACAGGCUACAUCCAAAGGUAAGGGUUUCGCUGGUGUUAUGAAACGUCACGGAUACUCUGGUUUGAAUGCCUCCCAUGGUGUUUCCGUCUCGCAUCGUUCGGCAGGUUCGAUGGGUCCCUCCCAGGAUCCCGGUAGAGUUUUGCCUGGCAAGAAGAUGGCAGGUCGUAUGGGUGGAACCAAGGUCACCGCACAGAACUUGGAGGUCUUGUCGGCCGACGGAGAAGCGGGCAUCUUGGUUGUCAAGGGUCAAAUUCCAGGUCCAAAGGGCAGCUACGUGAAGGUGUCUGAUGCCAAGAAGGAAUAUGGUAAGUCAUUGCUUAGAAUUAAGCAUGACGCUUGUAGAUAG